AUGCGCUGCCACGCGGCGCUGGGCGAGUGGGAGGCGGUGCGGCGCCUCUCGGACAAGCUCGCCGAGCAGCGCGCCGUCCUCGCGCCGGGGGAGGUGGCCGAGCUGGCGCGGCUCGGUGCGGCUGCCGCGCUAGACUUGGCGUCUCACGCCACCGCGGGAAACGAGCGCCACUGGGCCGCGCUCGGGAGGCACGCGGCGCUGCUCCCGGCACGCUCGUUCGACGGCGCCUUCUCGCGCGCCGUGCUCGCUCUGCACGGCGGCGACUGGAGCGGCGCGCAGGCCUACAUCGACGCGGCACGCGGCGUGAUCGACGCCGAGGUGACGGGGCUCGUCGGCGAGUCUUACGCGCGCGCGUACAACGGGAUGGUGCGGCUGCAGCGCCUCUCUGAGCUGGAGGAGGUCCUCCUGAACGCCACUUCGCCGACCACGCUCCCGCGCGCGCGCCUCCUCGAGCUGUGGCGCGGCCGGCUCGGCCACGCCGCCGCCGACCUCUCCGCCUGGCGUGAGCUCCUCCCCGUCCGAGCCUUGGCCGUGCCGCCGCGGCACGACCCGCACGGCAUGAUCGCCUUUGCCCAGCUCUGCUCGCGCAACGGGCAGCACACGCUCGCCUUCGAGGCGCUGCGGCACGCCGAGCCGCGAGCAGCCGCCAGCUGGGGCGACGCGCCGGACAUGCAGCCUGACGUCUGGCUGGCCUACACCGUCGCGAUCGGCUGGGUGCACCUCGGCGAGUGGACCCUCGCCAGCGCGGCGCCCGCCGCUGGCGAGGCGAGCUUGCUCGAGCACUUUCGCCGAGCGGCCGAGCUGGACCCGGCUUCGUGCGCGGCGUGGCACAACCUGGCGAUGGUGCACUUUGACCACGUGCGGUGCACAUGCUGGCGGAGCGAGGACGAGUUGGGCGAGCACCAUCGCCACCACCCCGACCCGGGCGCCACGGACACCGAAGAGCGCGUCGUCGCUGCCCUCGAGUGCCUCUUCCGCUGCAUCAGCCUCCGGCCGAGCUCCUCUCCCACCGGCCACACGCAGCAGGACAUCCUCACCCUCCUCACCCUCGCCUUUGAGCACGGGGAGACGGAGGGCGCCGCGGCGGCGCUGUCGCGCGGGCUGGCCGAUACGCCCGCAGAGACGUGGCUCGCCGUCGUCCCGCAGGUCAUCGCGCGCCUCGGCUCGGAGAGCGAGCGCGUGCGGACGUUUGUGCUCUCGCUGCUCUCGACACUCGCCGAGCGCCACCCGCAGGGGCUGGUGUACCCGCUCACCGUCGCCGCGACCUCGCCGCUGCGAGCUCAGGCGACGGGCGCCGCGCACGUCCUCGCGCACCUGCGGCGCGGCCGCGACGUCCUCGUCGAGCAGGCGCAGCUCGUCGCCGCGGAGCUCGUGCGGGCGUCGUGCCUGUGGAGCGAGGCGUGGAUCGACGGCCUCGAGACGGCGUCCAAGGCCUUCUACACCGAGGGCGACGACGCCGGCUGCGUGCGCGCGUUGCUGCCGCUGCACGAGGCGCUCGAGCGCGGCGCGCAGACUCCCGCCGAGGGGGCUUUUGUGAGGGAGUUUGGAGGCGCGCUCGACGCUGCGCGCGCCGAGCUGCGCCAGUGGCAAGAGUCCGGUGAGCGGGCCCACCUGCAUUCGGCGUGGGCGCUGUACAUGGGCCUCUUUCGGGCGGUCUCGCCGCGACAGGCGGCGCUCACGUCGCUCGACCUCGCCUCCGUCUCUCCCCGCCUGCUCGGCGCCACCGCCCUCGAGCUGGCGGUCCCGGGCACCUACGAGCCGCAGGCGCCGCUCGUCACCAUCUCCGGCUUCCGGCCGCGGCUGUCGGUCAUCGCGUCCAAGCAGCGGCCGCGGCGGGUGAUGCUGGCGGGCGACGACGGGCGCGAGUACUCCUUCCUGCUCAAGGGGCGCGAGGACCUGCGGCAGGACGAGCGCGUCAUGCAGCUCUUCGGCCUCGUCAACCGGCUGCUCGGCUCCACCGCGCCGCUCGCCGGCCCCGCCAUCCGGCGCUACGCCGUGGUCCCGCUCUCUCCGGCGUCGGGCCUGAUUGGGUGGGUGCCCUCGUGCGACACGCUGCACCAGCUCGUGCGCCACCACCGCGAGUACCGCGGCGGCGGCGAGCUGAGAGCGUACAAUGCGCUCCCGUUGCUGCACCGCGUCGAGGUGUUUGCGGCCGCGCUCUCGAGGACAGGCGGCCGCGACCUCGCCGAGGCGCUCUGGCUCCGCUCGCCGUCGGCCGAGUGGUGGCUCGAACGGCGGUCGAGCUACACGCGGUCGGUCGGGGUCAUGUGCGUGGUCGGGUACAUCCUCGGCUUGGGCGACCGGCACCUCAACAACAUGCUGCUCGACCGCGUCUCGGGCGAGGUGGUGCACAUCGACUAUGGCGACUGCUUCGAGGCGGCCGCGCUGCGCCCCAGGUUCCCCGAGACGGUGCCUUUCCGGCUGACCCGCAUGCUCGUCACGGCGAUGGGCGUGGCCGGCGUCGACGGCGUCUACCGCUCGACGUGCGAGGGCGCUAUGCGCGCGUUGCGCCGCCACCGCUCGUCGGUGCUCGCGAUGCUGGAGGCAUUCCUCUACGACCCGCUCGUCCACUGGAACCUCGACGGCGCGGAGCGAGGGAGCGCCAAGCGCGUCAGCAGCCGCGCCUCUCUCGACGGCGGAGAGGCCCGGGGAGGGGCGGCGCGCGGCGACAAGGUGAUGCACGCGCAGGCUCUGCGCGUGCUGCGCCGCGUCAAGUCGAAGCUCGACGGCUCCGAGUUUGGCGCGGCGCCCAUCGACGUCCCGACGCAAGUCGACCGGCUCGUGCACGAGGCGCAGGCGCACACCAACCUCGCGCAAAUGUGGGGCGGCUGGAACCCGUUUUGGUGA